AUGGCAACCCUUCGCCCUCCUUCCAGUCCUUCCCCUUCCCCUUUAACUACAGAAAAUGGUCGCGCCCCCGCUAAUUCGCGUGCUUCCAUGGGCCCCCGUCAAACUCUUUCUCCUGCCUCGCCGCGUCCGGGUGGAGGCGGUGUGAGCGGUGCCCGCCCCACCAGCGAGCUCCUUGGAAGCGCAAGCAUGUUCCAAACCCCCGAAUCGGAUGCGAUCGACCAGUGGUUCGAGAAUUUGCAGAAUUACGAGGCCACUCUCGAAGAUAUGGCUGCCGCAUCGCUGGACGUCAACUUUAAAGAAGAAUUGAGCGCGAUAGAGCAGUGGUUCAAAGUUCUUUCUGAAGCAGAGCGCACAGCCGCUCUAUACAGUCUUCUUCAACAUUCUACCCAAGUUCAAAUCAGAUUUUUCAUUACAGUUUUACAACAGAUGGCAAGAUCCGAUCCUAUGACUGCUCUCUUGAGUCCUGCUGUUGGUGGCUCCAUGCAAAGUCAGAUGGAGGCGAAACUCGCCCAAAUGAGUCUUAAAUCUCCUGCUUUGAAGUCGCCUAUGCCUUCUUCGCCUCGUAACUUCAGUGCUAACAGGCAAUCACUCGCAUUGGACACUUCGUCCGCAUUUCUUUCCCCCGAAUCCGCUGCGAUAGGAUCUGGGGGUAACGAUGCUGCUGCCACGCUAGCGCAACAGAGAGCGAAAUUAAAAGCAAGCAACGCUGCCCAUAGGAUUUCGGCUCCCGUCCUUGCAUCUACUGGCGGAGAUGGCCGUUCCUCGUGGGGAUCUGCAUUGAGCCAAGUAACAGAGCAGAACCCUCACUCACCUGCUCAGGAGAUCGCUGUACCCAGCCCAAACAUUAGCGUUAACAGUAGGCCCAAAAGUACCGAGUUCAGUGGCUCUAUCGGGUCUCCUCACCCGGGUGCAGACACGCUCUCCCCUAUCAUGGGCGACAGCUGGGCCAGCAUGGUGAAUACCCCUCAGAAUCUCAUGUUCGGAAAGGAGGCGCAUGGCAAUCAGAACCUUGAUGCAGCGGCCGCCAAGUUAAAUGAAUGGUCCGCUUUGGCUGCUGCGCCUCGCGUUCCACUCAUGGCUGAUCCCAAGUCAUUCCGUCGUGCAUCGAAAGGCAAUACAGCCCCUAACUCUGACAACGGCCGAGAUGGUAGUGGUGGGGUAGACACCAACCUUAUCCAGCAGCAACAACAGCAGCAACAGCAACAGCAACAACAGGUGCAACGCAGGAACGUUAGUCAAGGAGCUAAUAACAACUUUAACGGACAACCGCAAGGUACUUGGAAUGGAGCCCGAAGCCCGGGGUUACCCACUCCGAACAGGUUCGGGGACGAACCCAACGGUCUUAACGGUUUGGGCAUGGCUGGAUUUAACAUGGGAGGGUUGGGUAGCCCUGGAUUAAGCAUGGGAAUGCAAAAUGCUAGCUUACUGGCAGGAAUGAACCCCAUUCAGCAGAUGAACAUGCUUAGCAUGCAGGCGCAGAUGAGUGCGAUGGGAAUCUCUCCCGAGCAGGUUCUGGCUGCCCAAAUGGCGGGUUUCACUCAGCCCGGUUGGUUGGGUUUACCGCAGGGGAUGCAAGGUGGUAAUGGCGGAAAUAACAGCAACAAUAAUAAUAACAGGAAUCGCGGCGGUGGCGGCCGGUCUCCUGGCCUCGGAAAGUCGGGAUCUUCUGCUGGUAGCAACGCAGGCAGCAACGCUGGCGGAAAGAAAGACGAGGAGGACGUCGACCCUGCGUUACUGAAUGAUAUCCCGGCCUGGCUGCGAAGUCUGAGGUUGCACAAGUACACGCCGAACUUUGAGGGGUACAAGUGGCAGGACAUGGUAAUGCUUGAUGAGGCUGCUUUGGAAGGCAAGGGCGUGGCCGCUCUUGGCGCGAGGAGGAAAAUGUUGAAGACAUUCGAGGUAGUGAGGAAGAAGAUGGGCAUGGAGAAUCCUGGUGGGGCCAGCGAGACUUCCUCCUCGUGA